GCACGCUACGCCGUGCCACCUCCCAAUAUAUAAGCACCGGCCUCGUUGGCAACCCAGAGUCCAGGAUAUUGGCCAGAGCUACCUUGCCUACCUCUCACCGCUCCCAUCUCCCUCGAGCUUGACUAGCUUGCUCUACCAGCGAGCUCAGAUUACUGUCAUGAAGGUUCAGUGCGACGUGUGCGCGGCGCAGGCGGCCUCCGUCUUCUGCUGCGCUGACGAGGCCGCGCUGUGCGACGCGUGCGACCACCGCGUCCACCGCGCCAACAAGCUCGCCGGCAAGCACCGGCGCCUGUCCCUGCUCCACCCCCCGCCGUCCUCCUCGUCGCCUUCGUCGUCCGACCAGAAGCCGCCUCCCUGCGACAUCUGCCAGGAGAAGAGGGGCUUCCUGUUCUGCAAGGAGGACAGGGCGAUCCUGUGCCGGGAGUGCGACGUGCGCGUGCACACGACGAGCGACCUCACCAGGCGGCACAGCCGGUUCCUGCUCACCGGCGUGCGUGUCUCGUCGGCGCCGGUGGACUCCCCCGCGCCGUCGGAUCAGGAGCAAGCGCAACAGCAUGAGGAGGAAGAGGAGAACAACAGCAGCCCCUGCAACGCCGACUCCUACAGCGGCGGCUCCGCCAGUGCCACGGCGAGCCCGAGCGACGGCAGCAGCAUAUCCGAGUACCUGACCAAGACGCUGCCCGGGUGGCACGUCGAGGACUUCUUCCUGGACGACGCCGCCGCGGCCGCCACCGUCGCCGUCUCCUCAGACAAGCAGUAUCAGGGAGGAAUGGCUCAGAUCGGUGGGCCGCAGCAAGAUUAUCCGUCGUGGGCGGGCCAGGAGCAGCUGAUCGGUGGCGUCGUUGUCACCGCCGCCGGUGAGCGGGCCAGACGAGAGCUGUGGGUGCCGCAGAUGCAAGUGGAGGCGCAGUGGGCCAGCAGCAAGCGACCCAGGGCGUCCUCUUCUGGCUACUCUUACUGGUGAAAACGUGCGGUUUUGCAGUUCAGUAGCUCCACUAGUACUAGUACUAGCACAUAAAACCAACGGAAAAUAGGGCCAGCAAAGGAUAGGGACCAUGGAUUUUGUUUGAUCUGUAUGUGCUCGUUUUGAAAUUACCGCCGUUUUUUC